AAUUAGUCCAACGGAAUCCCGGAAAGUUGCGAGUGUGAGACACGGCGGUGCCGUUGUAUAAAAUCAUAAUCACGGGUACUAUUUAACCUGUCAAGACGUCGUCACGUAUCGUUAUUCACACGGUCCAAAGUGUUGCGGUUAGUUGUUCAAAGGAUUCGGUCGGCUGCUAAAGCAGGAUGGUGAAGCCAGAACAAAUUUUAAUUAUCGAACCGCGAAACGAGCUUCGGUUCAGGGGCCCAUUUACGGAAAGAACAGUCACAUCCUACAUGAAAUUAACUAACCCAUCAAAUGAUAAAGUUCAUUUUAAAAUCAAGACGACGGCUCCGAGGAGGUAUUGCGUUCGCCCUAAUUCAGGGACAAUACUUCCAAAGCGAACGUCUCAAAUAGCAGUCACUCUUCAACCGUUUGAUUUCGACCCGGCAGAGAAAAAUAAACAUAAAUUUAUGGUACAGUCGUUGGUAGCUCAGGAUGAUGAUGAUGAAAAUCCUGAUAUAUGGAAGGGAAUGGAUCCUGAGCAAUUAAUGGAAUCAAAACUCAAAUGCGUGUUCGAAAAUCCCGUGACGAAGACCACCACAUCCGAGACAAUUACGACGACGACUAAAUCCGAAGUUAAUUCGAAUGAUGAUAAAAAUAAAGGGGUCAGUGACGCUGUCAAGUCAUCGCCGAAGAUACACGGAGAUGCCGAGGAGAAAUUAAAUAAGGCAGCACAAGAAGUUCACCAGCUGAGGGAAGAGGGAAGUGCUCUGAGGCAGGAGAAUCUUCAAUUAAAGGAGGACUUGCUGCAGUUACGAAAUGUCUUGUUGGCCGGCGAGGCUAAUAUAUCGUCGGCAAAAACGCUUACCUCGCACAACAAUAGCGAAUCGUCACUAAAUGUUACCACCAUUCUUGUCGCUGUUGUUAUGGUCAUAUUGGGAUACGUGCUGGCAAAAAUGAUCUGAGCAGUCAUUAUUUCAAAGCGUAACUUGGCACAUCCCCUCUUCCCCUGUGUUUCUUAGCUUGCCCCUCCCCCUGCUAUACCACGUACUGAUCGAAACCAAUCGUAAAAUACGAUUGUUCAUAAUAACUAUAAAUAUGAACGGGUAGUGGUUACAAUAAUAGAAGUUAUUCGCUGCAGGAGUGUGCUUAUAUUUCGGUAAAGCGGUCAGGUACGAAAUCCUUUUUUAAGAAGUUAAGGCACUAUAGCCGAAUGGGGGCACAUUGGACUAUAAGUGCCCGGGAAACCAAUGUAAAUUUUGUUAUUGUUACGUAUCGAAAAACUAUUACCAUUAAUUUAUGUAAUUAAUUAUAAAUAAAACUAAACAACUGUGUAUCUUCGGAAUUUGUAUAUUACUUCUGUUAAUCACCUUUCUUAUAAAAGGAUUUUCGCUUUACAAAUCUCGCUUUGCGGCUGUGUCUUUGAAAGCCAUGUUGCCACUGAUUAAAUUAUGUACGAGAUACGAGAAACUUAUGAAACACAAAUUCUUUGAAGCAUGUAUUAAUUUGUAUCCCAUUAAACGUGUACAUUCGAUUAAAAGUUCAAACGAGUUCGUUUAACAACUGCGGUGCACCCUUACACACGGCAAAGAGAAGCAACAAGAAUUUGAUUUUUUCGUUCGACACUUCUAACAGUACUUAACAAUCACGAUGUAAGAUUGUACAUAAUGUAUUUUAAGAUAUCGUAUUAAAUAUUAAUUGUGUAUCGUGCAUAGUCCGGAUGGUACGGUUCUCGUAGGGGGAGGCGGCGUUAGGGGCGGAGGGGCUGGCCGAUCGGUAGUGCAUUCAUGACUCAGAAUUUGGAUACGCUGGCUCUAUCCAUCAGCAAUGGUAAAUAAUCAUUAUAAGAAAUUGACGCAUUCAAGUCUUUGACGCAUUCAAGUCUUUGACGCUUCAGUGUAUUUUUAUUUCUUUAUGUUUGUCUUAUAAAAAUUCGAAAUAAAGAUAUCUCGGAUGUCACAUGGUCGACAGUUUUGUAUUUUGUACCUCUCUGCUGACAAUGAUCCGUUCUCUCGGAUCGAAUCUAAAGUGGUGCAUGGUGUACACGGAUAUGGUACCGCUAAACAAUUUUGCCGCUAUAUAGUCGUACGGAUUUGUCUACGUAUACAUGUAUAGAUAUAUGUAUAUAUACUAUAUACGAUAUAGUAAAAAGGGAGAGAGAGACACAUCACGAAUACUAUCGAAAUUAUCGAGCACGUCAUAGUUAUUACGUAUAGGGCUACAUUUAAACAUUCAUAUAUCUGUGCCUUAGAGGUAGAAAAGCAGUAAUAGGUAUAUAAACUAUUUGUGCUUCAUCAUCCUUCGAACGUUCUAAUGUUUUCUGAUUGUCUGUGAGAUCUUCCUAACUUUCCGAUGACAAACCUAAGUUCAUAAAUUGUAGCAUACACGAGAGUGAACUAUUUAUAUGAUACAUACAACGUGUAGUUUACUGUAUUAUUUAUUCUGUCAUGCGAUACAUGUUAUAUGAUAAACUCUUUUUAUAUAUCAUUUCACAUUUCCCAUCGUUCUCCGAGUUUCUGAUCGAAACGCUCAAUAGCUAUCUAAUCGAUUUCGAAACAUUUUAGAUUAACUUUCAAUGAGUCGUAUCAGUAACUGGUAGAAUGACGACACACAUUUUAUUUUGCGUAUAUUGUACAAUCAACAGUAAUCGAGACUUGCACAACGCAAUAGUUUUUUUUAAUUAAAAUCAAAUAAGGAUUUUAUCGUUUUAUACGUAUACAUAUGAUAUUUAGUAGGAGUCCGCGGCUGCCUGAAGAUUCGGUCACCCGAGCCACGGGUCUAUUCCGAAACUGUGACUAGCAUUCGAGUGUCCGUAAUUACGGAAACCACGUGUCUCUCUCGAAACUCAAUUCGGGAUCCGUCGUUACGUUCCCCGUCUGAUUUUCCAAACUGACUUUGAAAGCAAGUUUGAAAGCAUCUUCAUAAUCGUUGCGCAGCGACGGGCAUCGAAUACGAUUGUGAGUUUUGAGCAGAGUUCGAAGCCCGAACUUACGAAUACCCCAAAAUGCGCUCGACGAACUUUCGGUAUUCGCUCCGAACCGGAACUUCAGGUAUCGAAUUCUCGGCCACUCGUACAUUCCUAAUAUUUACCAAUUGUAAUUAUUAUACUUUCCCUAAUAUUCCAGGGUAUCAAACGUAUGUAUAAAGUAAUUAACCCUGCUGCGCUCCUCGAUUCAAACACACGUUUAAAAUCUUCAAGAGACAAAUCGCCCUUACAAGUGAACUUCAUUUCUCUAUUCAUUUUAUUUUCAAUCUAUGAAUACUGAAGAAGGUAUUAUAACAUCCUUAAUAAAAUACACGUUAUUUAUUUACAACAAUUUGUACAUACGAAAUAAUACUAGUAAAGAUCUUAAAGAGAAAAGGAAAGAGUAAGGAUAAAGAAUUGUCCCGGAGAUCGCAGGAGGGUUAACGAUUGUCCAUUGAAUACACCUAAGGUACAGGUAUACGCGAAAUAUGUGAAAUAUACGAUGGGAACUGUUUUAGAAUUAUACAUAUUGUCCAUCGAACAGAUUCACGUUGCAACUUAUCGAAUAGGUGACUCCUGUUCCUCAAGUUCCUGUUGACAGUGUUAUGAAAAUUAUUAUUAUUAUAAACAUAUACACAUAGGCCAGUAUUCAGAGUCGUUGCUUAUUCUUAAGAUCGUCUUAAGCAUUUGCUAUCCUUGACUAUUUCAUAUUUUCAUGUCUUCUACAAGAAACAGGAACUUAAGGGACCUUAUCAGUGUGACCGCCAAAAAUUUAGGUCAUUCUUGGGAAUAAUACUAUUAGAAGGUUGCCACUCGAAAACUAGUUAAGAUCCGACGUUGAAAUUUUACUAUGAUAUUAAUUCGAAAAAUUCAAUUUUUUUUAAAUUCCACACUCGUAAGGCCCCUUGAGGCAAUCUUAAAUAUAAGUAACGACUCUGAAUACCGGGCAUGAUCUGCGGAGAAAUGCAUUACAGUACAAGAUCGUUGCGUUCAAGGAGAGGCGACGAUAAAAAAUUUUCAGCACAAGAUCGACCCACUCGUUACUCAGAAUCUCGUCUUAUCAUUACCUGUUCCGAAUAAAAUGUAACGAUUCGUACGAACGUAAUAUGAACACGAUAAAUAACGAUUCACGAAACGAAACGAACAGAUCGCUGUUGCGGAAAAUGAAGAUGGAAACGAUACAUGGUUGUGUAUAUAGAAUUACUGAACGAUGAUUACUGAAACGAUCGUAAUUAAAUGAAUAUGUUAUACAUGUGUAUUGAAAAGCGUUAGCCAGCAAGCGUAUUUACGAGAUAAUUGUUCCAAAACGAAUGUAGCAUUCGAUUUUUCUUACUAUGUACGUGAAAUAAAGUAUUACGCUAUGUACUAA